AAAAUCACUUUGUGUAUAUUACCCUAUUGAAUGUCAUAUUUUGUAUAACAGUCGAAUUAAACAUCUUGGACUUGACACUCGUGUUUCAUUGUAUAUAUUACAGUGGCGACGAGGAUUAACAAAAAAAUAUACGCGCAAGGUGUUAUUUUGCGCGGCGUGCAGACAUUUAGUGUUGUGCGGCGUAUUUACACUUGUUUACGUUCGAUAAUGUCGGUGGGACUAAUCGGCGCCUUCGAUGUGCGGAGUGCCGCGUGGGCGUCCUACGUGGACCGGCUGGAGAUGUACUUCGUUGCCAACGGAAUCAAGGCGGAGGUGCAGCUGCCGACGUUGAUCGCAGUAAUGGGGGAGGAAGCAUAUGAACUCUUAGUGAAUUUGGCCAGCCCCAGGAAGCCUUCCGAUCUGAAGUUCAAGGAUGCGGUGGAUUUAAUGCAACAGCAUCUGGAACCGACGCCGUCCGUGCUCGCGGAACGGUACAAGUUCAGGCAGCGCAGACAAGCCACCGAGGAAAAUGUAUCUGAAUACGUGGCGGAACUUAAGAAACUGUCACGGUACUGUGCCUUCGGAAGCAACCUCAACGAAAAUCUACGCGAUCAAUUUGUGUGUGGCCUCCGCAGUGAUGUCAUACGGCAGCGCCUAUUCGCAGAGGACGACUCGUUGACCUUCACGAAAGCAGUUAAAAUAGCAAGCACGUUGGAAGCGGCAGAGCGGGAUGCGGCGGCUGUGGAGAAGCCUCUGGACGAUGGCAGUCAAGCGACGCAGGCUGUGCAUGCGUUAAGGCAUAGCGGGGUGCGUAGUGUUCUUCCUAAGGAAAUAAGAGGCAAAGGGACGCCGGGCGGCGCGCCUGGUUCGCGUGGCGGAGCGACGAGUGGACGCAGCGUUUCAGUCGGUGCGGUGAGCUGGCGCGGCGGAGCGGCCGCCGGAGAGAGAGACAUAAGCCGCUGGUGCAGGCGGAAGGGACAUUUGCGGCGCGUGUGUCCUGAGCGCGGCAGUCGUAUAUUAGAAAUUUCUAAUUAA